CUGUUGCUACGAGCGCAAGCGGGUGUUGUAGACUUCGACUAGGGCGGAGACAACGCCUUGGAGAACGCCCUCUGUCACCCCGGGUCGUUGUGCAUUGUGGGACUGUUUCCGGGGGAGAGCUCGCCAACGCUAUUCGGGCUGACAUCAUGGAAGUAAUGAAUUAAAUGUUUUAUGUAGUGACGGAAGUGCAGUUUAGUGUCUUUAUCAAGACGACGCACAAUUUUCAGUAAAAGUGUUUCUUUUACUACAAAGCACGAGAAAAUGCUACCGACAGCACGUUGUACUAAUUAACUUGCAAGAUAGUCAUGUCCACAAAAGCGCAGCCCAGCAGUGCCGUUGUGUGCUAGUGGAGUGGUAGCAAGCUAGCUAGCCAGUCAGCUAGCAUAGCUUAUGGUAGGCUAGCAAGCAAGUUUUUAGAACUCUUUAAUUUGGUGUGUGUGUUGUUUUAAGCCUAUGUCACAUUCCACCUCGGUAGUAUCCGGCAGAAAGUAGGGUUUGGGAUCUUUUUAAACGUGUAUUCAGAAAAAGCCGGGGACUCCAAGAAGCAUUAACGGUUGCUAACGUUAGCUUGCUAACAAGCUAAGUUGUCUCUAUUGAAAGGCCGUUGCGAACCUCCCACUAGCACCAGUGUGAGUAACGUCUCACUCUAUUUUGUGUUAUUGUGACUUUUUCAACAAACGGUAUUAGAAAGAUGGCCUCAUCAUCAGGGAACGACGACGACUUGACCAUUCCAAGGGCAGCCAUCAACAAAAUGAUAAAGGAAACUCUCCCUAAUGUACGGGUAGCAAACGAUGCCAGGGAGCUUGUAGUGAAUUGUUGCACAGAAUUUAUUCAUCUGAUUUCCUCGGAGGCUAAUGAAAUAUGCAACAAGUCCGAGAAGAAGACCAUAUCUCCCGAACAUGUCAUCAAUGCACUUGAAAGCCUGGGCUUUGGGUCCUACAUCGCGGAAGUCAAAGAUGUUCUGCAGGAGUGUAAAUCAGUAGCGCUUAAAAGGAGAAAAGCAAGCUCCCGCCUGGAGAACCUUGGCAUUCCCGAAGAAGAGUUACUACGUCAGCAACAGGAACUGUUCGCGAAAGCACGGCAGCAGCAGGCAGAGCUGGCCCAGCAGGAGUGGCUGCAGAUGCAGCAGGCGGCCCAGCAGGCCCAGCUGGAAGCCUCGGCCAGCGCAGCCCAGCAGGCCGGCUCCUCCCAGGACGAGGAUGAGGAGGACGACAUGUGAGGGAGAGACAGAGCGAAAGGAAGAGAGAAAGAGAUGCACACUCGUCUGUCCUCUGCUCUGCCUGGGCGAGCAGAAGCAUCUGCAGUGUUUGUGGACAACUACCCCUCCCCUCCCCUCCCUUCUCCCUCUUCCUCUUCCUCUUAUCCCUCUGACAAGGCCCAGAGACAUUCGCAAUUCAGAAUGAGCAGUAUACACUUACAUAGAUGUUUCCUUUUUUUAAGACGAAAAAAUAUAAAAUUGUUUGGGGCUUACAUGUGGCCCUUUUAGAUAAUUGUUCGUGUUACUUGUUAACCCUGACAAACCAGGCACAGUCAAAGCUUUCUUUCCACAGCCAUUCUUUUUUUUCAUGUUUUGUUUAAUUAUUUACUUUUAACAAUUGGCCCAUGCUAUCUCGUUUGGAUUUGUCAGAUGUUUAAAAAAUGGAAUUCUCAUGCAUUAUAUGGGAUGCAAAGAGAAACGAUUUAUGGAAAUAUUUGUUCCUGAACUGUUCCUUGCUGAGUAUGUACAAGAUGAGUGUUUAAGCUCUUGUACUGCCUCUUUUAGGUUGAUUGUAUAAUUGUUCCUCAAAUGUUAUUUUUGUAAUGUUCAGCGAGAAAUAUUUUCUAAGGGGGUGUUACUGGCUCCUUGAAUAGGCAUUUGGGGCAUCGGGGAUAGUUUUGAUUUUGUUCUCUCCUUUUUAUAGGAACAGCUCCUCACCCUUGUCUUGCUCAGUGGAUAAUACAGAUAUUAUUUCCAAAAAACAUUUGGAGUUUUAUUUGUUAAUGUUAGCUGUUCAUUGUUUUUUUUUCUUUUUUUUUUUUUUUUUUGGAUCAUUUUAGUUAAUUCAAGGUGUAAGUAGGUUGAGGCUUUUAUCUUCCUAAUGUUCAGUACAGUGUUGCUAUUAAAAGAUAUUCUCUUUCUCACCCCUAGUACCAAAGACCGGAGAGAGGCUUAAACCCCCUCAGUUACCAGACAGAGUAAAGCAAAAUAUACCGAUAGUGUUUGACUUCUGUAUAGAAUUUAAUGGCUUUGUUGCGGACAGUACCCAAGUUUGUGCACACAGACACAUACACAAAAUGGUUAGUGACUUUCACUUUGUACAAUGUUUUGAUAUCUGAGAAGUUGUUUUUCCCCCAGGUGCGAUGUGUAAAAGUUGCGUUGUGAAUGUGUGGUGAAUUCUUAACUUGUGGUGAUUGGUUAUCUCUAGUUGAAGUGUGUUCACAUGGCUUCUCAGAAGCUGUAAGCUGUAUUCUCUAAGCAAUAAAGUAAAACUGUUUUAUAGUCA